AUGUGUAACCCCUGGGUGGCAUGGCUAGGAGUGCUGCUGCUCUUGACAGUGUUCACUCAUUCAGCCCUCAAGCCAGCAAUGGCUCCAGUGAUCACAAAAAGACCUUUCAGCAUUUUCUGGGCUGCCCCAACAAUGCAGUGUCAGCAUUUCUUCAAUGUGGAUCUGAAUCUUCAGUUAUUCAAUAUUAUAUCAAAUCCUUUGGAGACGCAGAGUGGACCAACAAUUGCCAUAAUUUAUCCAAAUGAAUUAGGGUAUUAUCCUUAUUUCUCUCCAGAGGGAAAAUCCUUUAAUGGAGGGAUACCACAGAAUAUGAGCCUUCCUACACACCUGAGGAAGACCGCUGGUGACAUUGCAAAAGUUUUUCCUUGGUGGAGAUCAGAAGGUCUUGUUAUCAUCGACUGGGAAAGCUGGAAGCCACAAUGGGACAGAAAUUUGGGCAAUAGAGUAAUAUACAAAAACCACUCUUUAGACUUUACUAGAAACCACCAUCCUGAUUGGUCAGAAAUGAAAGUGAGAACAGUUGCCCAAAAGGAAUUUGAAACUGCUGGAAAGAGUAUUAUGAAUGCUACUCUCACACUGGCUUUAGAAAUGAGACCAAAAUGUUUAUGGGGCUUUUAUCUCUAUCCAGACUGCUACAAUUAUGAUUAUAGGAUAAAUCCACAGACCUACACAGGUAAAUGCCCGAAUGAUGAAAUUUCCCGCAAUGACCAACUCCAGUGGCUAUGGGAAAAAAGCAGAGCACUUUAUACUUCAGUGUAUUUGGAUAAAAUAUUGAAGUCAAGUUUAAAUGCUUUGAAAUUUGUUCAUUAUCGAGUUAGAGAAGCUAUAAGAAUUGCUGAAAUGGCUAAAGAUGACUAUGUUUUACCAGUUUUUAUUUUUUCCAGACCAUUUUAUUUGCAUAGUAUUGAAGCUUUGUCACAGGAGGACUUAGUGCAUACAAUUGGUGAGAGUGCAGCAUUGGGGGCAUCAGGAGUAAUAUUGUGGGGAGGAUAUGACUAUUCUGAUUCAAAGGAGACCUGCUUGUCUGUGCAAAAAUUUAUUCAAGGGCCAUUGGGCCAUUAUGCUGUUAAUGUAACAACUGCAGCCAAACUCUGCAGUCAAAGUCUAUGUAACAAUAAUGGAAGAUGCGUUCGAAAAACAUCUGAAUCCUCCUCCUAUCUGCAUAUGCCAGGAAGCAGCAGUAAGAAAUAUGGCCUAAGCAAGAGCUUGAGAGCCAUCCUUUCCCCAGCCAAUAAACUGAAGACAGUAAAGGCCAUGAAGGAUGGGUUUGUGUGUCGCUGCUAUCACGGCUGGCAUGGAGAGUCUUGCCAGCAGCUUUCUUCAGAUGUCCUGAGAGGGAAGAAUAAGGCCCGUAUUGCUGACUUUAAAUUAUCAGUUUUUCUCAGCAUGACCUUAUCUGUGAUUCUCUUCAUUUAUCUACCCCCAUGA